AUGGCUGACGUGAUGCAGAUGAGUACGAAGAACUUUCAUGAUACCACUCGCUUACCGCUAGUCCCACAGCUCCCAACCCAAAGACAGCAACGGAGGAGCCUUUCUUUGGCUUGGCCACAUUCAGUGUCGUUCCCAGACCUUUAAAGACGACCAAAAGAGAGGGAAAAAAAAAGUCAAUAUGCCAAAUGAAAACGUUAUAAUUGAAACUGUGGGGGAUGAACAAGGUAGAUGAUUCCAUAAUAUCAGUUCAAACUAUGAAGAUCAGACUCUGACGCACAAAUAAGUCUAUAAAUAUCCUCCUUUUUUCCUACUAAUUUACUCCAAACUGGACUAAGUUGGCAGUGCCUUCUGAAAAUCAUUUGAAUGAGUUACUCCAAUAUGUUUCAUUUUUCCAUAGAAGUAUCUUCUCUCAAGAAGGAUGAUUUACGGAGAAAAGAAUAAAAUGGAUUCGCAUUCUACUACAUAAGUACUAUAUAAGAACCUAUAUAGUGUUGCUUUAUGCUGACUCUGAAGAUGCACUAAAUGAUGCACAUUACGCGUAUUUUGAGAGAUCUGAUUUCAUUCUAUAACCUGUGAAAAAGAGAUCAAACCAGUAGGUCCUUAGAAUAAUACCUGUUGAUAUGCCACAACUGAGAAUGCAAACUUUGUCAAGAGGAGCAGCUGGAUUGAUCUUAGCGAGACAGCCCGAAUGCACAACCAUGUAUUCGCUGAAGGUUGAAGUGCCAAGAAAAUGGUAG